UGUGUUGUGACAUUCUAGAGGUGAAGUUGUGAACACGUCAGUAAGACUGUUUGAGUGAACAUCGGCUGUCUUUCUUGCGCAGCAAACGCAAGUGCUGCAUCAACAGACUCCUUGGCAGAACGCGAGGAGGGCAGAGGGGUACUGUGACGACGAUUUUAGUAAUGUCUCUUGAGAAAUAACAUUGUAGCGUCUCUAAACAUGACUUCGGUGUGGAAGAGACUUCAGCGUGUCGGCAAGAAAGCGUCGAAGUUCCAGUUUGCGGUGACUUUUCAAGAACUGACAGUAGAAUGCACGAAGAAAUGGCAGCCAGACAAACUGAGAGUAGUAUGGAGCAGGAGAAACCGGAGAAAUUGCACCAAGCUGCAUGGGUGGCAGCCUGGCAUCAAGAACCCCUACAGGGGCACGGUGGUGUGGCAGCUGCCCGAAAACCUGGACAUCACCGUCACACUCUUCAAGGACCCGACUGCAGAUGAAUUUGAAGAUAAGGACUGGACAUUCAUCAUUGAGAAUGAGACUAACAAGGGCCACAGGAAGGUGCUGGCAUCGGUGGACGUCAACAUGAAGAAGUUUGCCAGCGCCACCCCUGCCCAGUACGACCUGACGCUGAAGCCCAAGCCCCUGUCUGUGAAGGUGGUGGAGGCCACACUCAAACUGACCUUGACCUGCGUCUUCCUCAAAGAGGGCAAGGCCACAGAUGAGGACAUGCAGAGUCUGGCCAGUCUGAUGAGCCUGAAGCAGAGUGACAUCGGCAACCUGGACGACUUCAACGAUAGUGACGAGGAGGAGGGUGAGAGGAGGGUCAGCAUCGGAGCCGGCAUGGGCCCCGCCACUCCCGUCACAGAGUUUCAGAGGCAGUUGAGCACUCUGACAGAGGAGGAAUACAGCACUGCCACAACUCCCAACCACACUGCUGCAAUGAUCAGUAUUGCCAGUCAGAGGCCAGACCCAUCAACAUCCACACUUGACCCAUUGGCUAAGCCCUUUGGGACAACAGUCCAUGAGAGAAGGCAGGAGGCAUUCUCAAUGUUUGGAGUGGAGGUUGUCCAGGCAAUGGCAGGACAGCAGGGGGCAGCAGACGAGCCAACAACGCCUAAAGGCAGAGCUGUAAACUCUCAGGAAACGGGUCUAGGCAGUGCUGCUUCCCCAGAAGGCCUCAUGGCCAGUCCUGGCCUUGUUACCUCCAGCCAAUCCCUACUGGAGUGGUGUCAGGAAGUCAUCAAAGAACACAAGGGGGUCAAGAUCACCAACUUCAGCACAUCCUGGAGGAACGGCCUGGCCUUCUGUGCCCUGCUACACCACUUCCACCCGGACAGGAUAAACUUUGAGAUGCUGGACCCUUAUGACAUCAAGCGCAACAACAAGAAGGCCUUUGACGGUUUCGCAGAGUUGGGCAUCUCUCGGCUGAUAGAGCCCUCGGACAUGGUCCUCCUGGCCGUGCCUGACCGCCUCAUCGUCAUGACCUACCUCAACCAGAUCCGCACCUACUUCACGGGCCAGGAGCUGAGCGUGCUGCACAUCGAGGCGGACAGCAGUGAGUCCAGUUACGGCAUGGCCGGGGAGAGCCGGCCGGGCCCCGACCCGGAGGCCGCCGCACGCUACUGUCAACGGAUCCAAGAUGAGGCCCUAACAAUGGAGACCAAUGUGGGCACUGCAGAGAAGAAGGCAGAUAGUGACACUAAGGAGGGCACCAAUAGGGAAGUGGUCCCACCCCCUAGAACCAAACGGCUGCAGGCUGCAGGGGAAGCAGGAGGGGCCCAAGCCCCCGUCGUACCCCCCAGGACACAUUUUUUAUCUGCCAAGUCUGGGUUCUCCCACCUAAAGGAUGUAGAUCUGGUUAAGAAACGACGGUCACAACGCAGGUCAAUAGACGAGGCAGACUCAACCGAGUUACAGGUUGCUGCAGCACAGGAAGAGAGUGGAGCUGACAGAAUAAAAUCAGAAACAGGAAGGACAGCUGGUGAAGAAGGACGAUCGGCUGAGGAGGACACCAGCGAGUAUGUGCUGAGGGAGAUGCAGGCCCUAGAGUUUGAACAGAAGCACAUUGACAGCAGGGCAGACGUCGUGGAAAGGAGUCUACGGCGACUGAUGGAGUCCGGUAGUGACAAGAUGCAGGAGGAGAAGCUGAUUCAGGAGUGGUUCACUCUGGUCAACAAGAAGAACGCCCUCAUCAGGAGACAAGACCAACUACAGCUACUGCAAGAAGAGCAGGACCUGGAAAUGAGGUUUGAGAUGCUGAACCGAGAGCUGAGAGACAUGAUGGCUAUUGAAGAGUGGCAGAAGACAGUGGCCCAUAAACACAGGGAGCAGCUGCUACUGCAGGAGCUGGUGUCUCUGGUCAACCUGAGGGACGAGCUGGUCCACGACAUGGAUGCCAAGGAGAAAGGGGCUCUGGAGGAGGACGAGAGGCUGGAGAGAGGCCUGGAGCAGAGACGAAGGAAGUACAGCAAGAAGAGCAAGCAGGAGAAGUGUGCACUGCAGUAAGGCCUGGCGUUGGACACACCCGAACCAGUGGAAGUUCACACCCGAACCAGGCAGCCCAGUGGAAGGUCACACCCGAACCAGGCCGCCCAGUGGAAGGUCACCUGGAUGCACAUUGUUACUAAAGUUGUAUGUGUGUGGAUCAUGACAUCAACACUGCAUGGAAGAGACUGAGAACUGUGUUAUGGGACUGCACUAAGAGGACAUAAAACACUGGCCACUCGCCCCCCUCUAUGAUAUGACUGAGCCUCAUUGCAACCUAUGACUGGUUGUCAACAGUCACCCUGCUCUUCAGAUUGUGUUUUGAUUGGAUUUAAGUUUUGUUUUUUUGUUCAUAGUGUGUGUAUAUGUUGGGUUUUAAUGUUGAGUAAAUAACGACUCUAGAGAUGCUUAACCAAGUUGAAUUCUUCCAGAAGGGUCGAUACAGCUGUAAUCAGACAAAGACACAGCUUCCCCCGUGGUGGUAGUCAUACCCCCCGUGGUGGUAGUCAUACCCUCCGUGGUGGUAGUCAUACCCCCCGUGGUGGUAGUCAUACCCCCCGUGGUGGUAGUCAUACCCCCCGUGGUGGUAGUCAUACCCCCCCGUGGUGGUAGUCAUACCCCCCGUGGUGGUAGUCAUACCCACUUUGGGUGGAGUCUCCUCAUCUCUAAACAUUGCGUCAUUCUUGCUAAAUGUGGGCGGCAGGGUAGCCUAGUGGUUAGAGCGUUUGGACUAGUAACCGAAAGGUUGCAAGUUCGAAUCCCUGAGCUGACAAAGUACAAAUCUGUUGUUCUGCCCCUGAACUGGCAGUUAACCCACUAUUGCUAGUCAUUGAAAAUAAGAAUUUGUUCUUAACUGACUUGCCUAGUUAAAUAAAGGUAAAAUAAAAAAAUUAACUUCAGGUCACAAAGACAUAUCCCUAACGAACUAAUCACCAGAUUAAGUGCCUUACACUUUUAGAAAAAAGCAUUCCAAAAUGGUUCUUCAACUGUCCCCAUAGGAUUUUUGGUUCCAGGUAGAACCCUCUUGGGUUUUACAUGGAAUCAAAAGGGUUCUACCUGGAACCAAAAAUAGUUAUUCAAAGGGUUCUCCCAUGGGGAUAGCCAAUUAACCGUUUUAGGUUCUAGAUAGCACCUUUCUUUCUAAGAUACUGUAUAAUCUGUUACAGUAGUGCAUUAUGGGUUACUUCAAAAAGGUAUUUUCUACUGAAUGGGAUAUUAGGGAAGGGGCAGGGCUCCUGUACUUAGCUACAUCAAAUACCUACAUUAGACCCAUGCAGCAGGUGGAUUGAUUCACCCUGUGUCAUCUAUUGUUAAAUAAGCAGUCUGAUUAUUGAAAAUUACAAUGGCGAAAAGGAAGUGAAAUGCUGAAUUUGUGCAAACAAAGAAUGCCAAAACGAGCUUCCUCAUUUAUUGCAGUAUGUUGGCUUGGACUGUGCAGACAGCACACAGCGAGCACCUGUUGUCUGAUUCUUCAUUGAGGUGAAUGUAUGUGGAUGCUCCAACACUCAAGCAGAGUGGGAGAUCUUGGAUGAAAGAGGAAAAGGACAGAAGUCAGUGUACUGCAGCUUGGUGUCUGAAAGAACAAAGCAGUUUAAACGUGUUGGAAAUAUUUGAAGCUUUUAUUUAUUGAAUAGGUAUUUUCGACAGAUAAUCCUACCUAUCCUGCCUGUCAUAUGUGCCUUUAACCAGAUCCAGAGAAAACAGAAAUGUUCAGAAGUAGGACUCAACUUCGUGUUCCUAGUUCUCACAUGUUUAUGCAGCGAGUUCAGUUACUGUUUGUGACAUUAGUCUUGUCAUGCCUUGUUUUCCAUUGAUUGCUUUUUGUUGUUUCGAAAGGUAAAUAAGGAAGUGGAGUAUGAAAAUGAUAAAUUUCAAGGUGCUCUAAAAUGUUAGAGAACAGGAAUAUUCAAACGGAAAACAUGAGGCAAAUGCAUGUUUCUUAGUGUUUCCAUCUUAACCGUACAACUAUCAAUUGCUAUAGUCUUAUGCACAUUCUUAUUAGCAAACCUGUAACAUGCAAAAGUGUAUGCAUUAAACAAAUAACCCUCAUACAUGAUACAAAAUAUACACUUUACUUUAGCUAAAAUAUAUUCUAGUAUUAAAACUCCAGCACUUCGCUACAGCAGGAUUACUGCAGAUGUAGGAUCUGAAUUUGAGCCAGUUUGCUACAGCAGGAAAAUAAUCUUGCAGCAACAGGAAAUGUGAAUUAUUAUGUGUAUUAUAAGUAAUGGACAUUUUGUAUGGGGUUGAUACAUUUAUAAUUAGGGCAAAUCUAGUCUGAAAUUUCAAAGUGGAAAUUACAAACUUUAGAAGUAUUUUUAAAACUCAAAUACACUACAAGUUUGCGUUUCCUGCCAUGCAGGAAAAUUCUCUGCAACAAAAGAGUGAUCAAAUGAAGAUCCUACAUCUAUAUUAUUGGCCAGGCAGGAGUGCACCAGAGCUUGAUAUUUGCUUGACAUCUUCUCCUCUACACUUUGUGUAAUGUUAAGUUAUCAUGAGCGCAGGCGUUUCUAUUUCAGUGGGAGGAACUACUUAACAGAGUAAAAACAUGAUUCUGUCUGGAGUUAUUUUGGGUGACACUGGAGUGAUUUUUUUUGUUUUGUUUUAGAAGUGUUUGAAUUUGUGUUCCAGCUUGUUCCCCCUCUGCCCCACUGUUGUUAGUUACUGUGUCAAUGUUCCUACCACUGUGUGAGUUUGAGAGAUUUUACUUUCAGUUUUCUGAAAUAGCUUUUGGGGAAGGUUUUGUUUGUUUUAAUGUACAUUUGCACUAUUUGUAAUGUUUGGAGAAUUAAAAGGUAUCUUGGAUAACUA